AUGUUGUCCGUCAAAGCACUGUCAUGUGUCUUCCUCCUACUUGCCAUCCUUCAUGUGUCCUUUGCAGAGCAUCGAGUCGAACGACAUCACCGUCGUCAAUCCUCCUCUGCACCAGUCUCCAAUACCACCCUUGAGCCAGUCAUUCCCCCAAGCGUCAACACGGGAGUCCUCUCCAUCCUCGCUCCGAGUACGACUCUUACUCUUGCGUGGGCUGGCACUCCGGGCACCGGCAACUCCACCACCCCCCAGCGACUCUUGAAGCGUGAUAGCUCGGUCUACUCUCAGGCAAACUUUACAUUCGUCCUGCCGUCAGUUCCACUGGACCAUUCUGACUUGAUCUCUGGCAUCUCGUGCUCCGGUGGAAGCUUGACAGCCACGCUAAGCAGCACCGCUUUUACGUAUGCAAAGCAGCAAUGGGCCAACGCUGGCCCUCUCCUCUUCAUUACCUCCGCGACUGGCUGUGGAACGGACGGCUCGAAUUACUAUUUCAAGUCGUCUUCCAUCACUUUCUCCACUACGGCCAGCACCUUUACAGCUGCCGGAUCCUCGGAGGUCAUCAACAGUGUCGCAGCGUAUAUGAGUCUUCAGUGGGGCGCCGUACCCGCUUCCGCCGUAAGACGCAGUAUCACCAAAAGAGAUAUGUUCGAGCCUCUCCCUCUUCGUCGUCGGGCCACGCUCAGCUACACGGUAGACUGGGGCUACUGGCUGGAGGAUGAAGACCAACUCGGUACGGACCCCACUGCGCCCUGGCCCGACGCCGCUCUUCUUUACUCGUAUAGCAGUGAAGGCGGCACACCGGACGACUCGUGGGAAGAGGGUCAAGUUGCCACGACUGGAGGGCACAGCAAGCGCACGCCCAAAAUGGAGGACCUUAUGGAACGCGAUCUGUCCUACGGCUUGGAUCUUUGGUGCGUGCAUUGCGGCUUUGGUGGCUCUGUUACGUUCUGGGGAACGGUGGAUUAUUCUCUUUUGCAUCUCAGGUUUGACACAAUCCAGUGCGGCAUGAACGCGGACAUUUCGGCUGGAUUAUCCCUGGGCAUGGAAGCGUUCGUCGACUACUCCAAGGAAUGGGACCGCAACAUCGCAACAGUGGAACUCGCACAAUGGGGCAUCGACGAUGUCAUCUCCGUCGGGCCUUUUGUCAGCGUUGGGCUCACAGCAACAGCCGAUGUCUCGGCAACUGGACAGCUGCUCAUCGGCGCCGAAGUCGACUGGGAGGGCAUAUCCAUUCUCAUGGAUCUGCUGGACACAUCAAACAGCUAUGCCACUCUUGGCUCGCCGACGUUUUCUAAGUACCUCAAUGUAUCUGGGGAACUAGACAUGUCAGUCUCGCUGGGAAUCCCGCUGGGCUUGGGUGUCGGUCUCGAGAUUCUCGGCGACGAGCUCGUCUCUGCUUCAAUCGUCGACACACCCUCUAUCGUCGCGGAAGGGCAGUUUCAAAUCUCGGCAGAGGUUUCAGAUAACGGCACGAUCUCGACUUCGAAUGAUAAUGGGUGCUAUGGAAUCGCCUGGGAUAUCCACUUCGAGAACGAGCUUGCGCUGGUCUUGUCGGCCAAAGACAUUAUCACUACGAGUUGGGACAUUAUUCCGGUUGAGUCGAGCUCGCCGAUUGCUGAAGGCUGUAUCGGCUACGUCAACGACGGCACUGGGACGGGCUCUGGCGAAGGUAGUUCCGGAGAGAACGGAGGGGGCAGUGGGUUGGAUGGGUCCAACAACUCGGGCAGCGAUGCGGGUACUACGACCACGUCCUCUUCAUCCUCGAAGAGCAGCGUGAAGAGUACGCUGAGCCUAGCAUCGAAGACGACGUCGGUAAAAUCUACAUCCUCGCCAACAACUACAGCGAAGCCGACGACCACAGCGAAGCCGACGACGACCAAGAAGCCGACGACGGUCAAGAAAUCGACGAAGAAAGCCAAGAUCUGA